AUGGCUGAAGAUAAUAUUCAAUUACCGAAUUAUCUUUGCUUUAAACCAUCGAAAGCUAAAAUUGGACAGAACGGCUUAUAUGCUACACGAACUUUAAAACCUAAUGAACCAUUAGGAAUAUAUCGUGGAAAAAUUCGUCGUAUUUUACCUCAAACAGCUGAUGAAGAAUAUGUUUGGGCAAUUUUAAGUGCUCGUGGUGUACCUAUUUUUUAUGUAGAUGCAAGUAAUCCAAAUGAUGGAAAUUUUCUUCGUUUUAUACGUUGGACACAUGAUAAAUCUCAACAAAAUGUUGUUUGUAUGCAACAAAAUCAACAAAUUCAUUAUUUUUCAUUAAAAACAAUUCAUCCUGAUGAUGAAUUAUUAACAUUUAUUGAACGACAAAAAUCAAAAAAGAAAGAUAAAAGAGAAAAUGGUCGAACACGUCGUGAAACUCGACAACAACAAACAACUGAACAUCAAGAUAAUCCAGCAAUAAAAAUUCUUGAACAAGAACCAGGAAAUGAAUUUAUUGAUGAUGAUAAUGUACAUUUAGUUAUGAAUAAUCGUUCAUUAGAAUUUGAAUUACAAAUAACAAAAAAAUUUUUAUCCGAAACAUAUAUUAGUGAUGGUGUUAAACAAACUUGUCUUAAAUGUGAUAUUUGUCAUCAAAUUUUUAUGUCAAACGUUGCAUUUAAAUUUCAUUAUCAUACGUAUCAUAUAACACCACAAUAUUUAUCUCCAGCUAAUCGUCCACGUACAAAAGUUCGAGAUAAUUGUAAUAUAUGUCGAUAUUCUUUCAUUGCGAAUGAUGUUAAAAGUGUUGUUGUCGAUUUACUUGAAGUUGUUUCGGGUGGUGAACGUUUACAAGAAAAUCGUUAUCUUCGUUUACAUAUAUAUCGUUGUCAUUGGUGUGCACCAAUUGAUGCACAUUAUAAUACGGCUAAACAAUUAUCUCAACAUGUACGUUCAAAACAUUAUCGUUUAUUACAAGCACUACUUGCUACACAAGCAAAUAUGCUUCAAAAUAAUUCAAAUCAAACUCGAGGAAAAAAAUCUCGUGAUAAUGAACAAGAUGAAAAUAAUUUAAAUUCAAAUUUUUCAUCAACAUUAAAUCAAGAUCGUAAUCGUUAUUCAACAAAUUUUCUUCAAUCAAAUAAUAAUCAAGAAUCAUCACCUCGUUUACCAAUACCAAUUGGUUUACCUGAUCCUUUAACAGAUCGUGAUUGUCAAUUACUAUUUACAAUUGGUGAACAUAAUUCAUAUAAUAUUUUGAAUUGUAUUGAUGGUACAUUAGAAGAUAUUAAACAAAAUGAAACAUUAUGUCGUCAACAGAUGGACGAUGAAAAUGAAAAUAAUAAAUUAACAUCUGUUGAACAUUUCUUAACACAAUAUCCACUUGUAAGAGAUUUAUUAGGACCAAGACGUCGACAUGAUAUUGUUAUACAACAUUUAUCGGAUGAUUAUUUUGAUCAUCCAAAAAAUCAAAAUAUUGAUAUGAGUAAAUAUUAUCAAAGACAAAAGUCUAUACCGGAAAGACGUUUUAUUAUGAAUCGAUAUUCAUGUUUAUUAUGUACGGAACGUUUUUCAUCACCAAUUCAACUUAUUGACCAUGAAAAACUAAUACAUGAAAAAAAUAUAUCGAAAUAUGAUUGGGGAUGGAAUUCAGUUGGAUUUCUUCAAUCAAAUCCUUAUGCUUUUAUAUUAGAAUUAGAAAAUGAAUUAAACCAACAACAACAAAGAACAAAAAAUGAAUCACAAAGUUUUUUAAUGACCAGUAAUAGUUUAAGAAAAAAGUCAAUUCGACAACGUUCUACUUCAUCAAACGAUCGAUCACCAGCAGUUAAUCAAGAAGAUAUAAAACCAAUACUUUCAAAACUUUCAAAACGUAUUAAACGAGAAAUUCAUCGAUCCAAUACAUGUCCUAUUUUAAACAAUAAUAAUUCACCUGAAAAAGAUGAAUCGAAAUUUAUUCAACGUAAAUCGAAACGGUUACGUAAAUCAAAUCUAAAUUCACCAACAGAUUCACCAAAACAUACAUCAGAAAAAAUUAUUGUAAAAAAAGAACCAACUAAUUCCACAAAAUCUUCAAUUCUAUCAUCAUCAACAAAAGACACUACUAAUCCUAAUCAAAUUAUUGUUAAAACCGAUAAACGUUAUUAUUGGUGUACAAAAUGUUCAAAAGUAUAUCUUAAUUUAAUAUCACUUUAUACUGAAUCUCAUUAUCGUCAAUGCGUUGGAGAAGAUCAACAUUUUAAUGUUAUACAUGAUCCAUCAUUUUUUACUGAUGAUAAAAUUCUUCAACAAUUACCAUCAAAUAUUAAUAAUCAAAAAUCUGCAUUAGAUUCAAAUGAAUCAUCAAUGGAUACAAUUAAAAAAGAAUCAAUAUUUUUUUCUAAAACAACUGAUGAUACACGAACAUAUUUUAUAAAUGGUAAACCAAUACGUAUGAAUACAAUUAAUCGACCAAUCACAGUUAAAGAUCUUCGACAACAAUUUCAACAACAAAUAUCACUUACAACAAAUAAUCCAAGUGAAGAAUAUAUUUAUCAACAGCGACAAUCACCAACAAAAUCAACAACAAAUCGUUCGUCACGUUCAAAUGAAAAUAAAAAUUGGACUAAUGAAUCUAUUGUCAAAACUAUUCCAACACCACGUUCAUUUGAUACAUUUGGUAUUAGUUCAGAUGAUGAUGAUGGUGAUGAUGAUGAAAAAGAUAAUAAAUUAAAUACUAAACAAGAAAUUGAAAAAACACUUAUUAAACGAAGACAUGAUUCAGAUUAUGCAUCAUCAAAUAAUACAAUAAUAUCUGUUGGACAAGAUAAUACAGAUAGUCAUAAACAAUCAAAACAAUUUAUGUCAAGAAAAAGUCAACCGGUAUCAACUGGACGAUCUUCUAAUUCAACAACUGGACAAUCACGAUCAAAUACUUCUCUAAAACGAUCUUUAUCUCAAACGCAUCAUGACAUUAAACCAUCAUCAUCUACACGACAUUCACGGAAACAAACUGAAGAUAUUGAUCAAUCAAUGGAAUGUUCGAAAGCUUCAUCAGCAUCAACAAAUCGUACUCAUAUUCCGGAUGCAUUACAAGAUUAUGAUCAUGUAUGUGCUAAAUGUAAUAUGCCAUUUAAUAGUCAAUCAUCACUUGAUGAACAUCAAAAUGGACAAUGUUUGGAAAUGAAUGUUCUUGCAUCAUGUGGUUCAUGGUUUUGUUGCCCAUUAUGUUCAUUAACCUAUUGUGAUGCUAAUCUUAUGUCACUACAUAUAAAUAAGACACAUCGUGAUGUACUUAAAAGUAAUCAACGAGCUAGUUCUCAACGUCGAUCAAAUAAUAAUCGUAAUAGUCACACAUUGACAACAUCACGAUCUGAACAUCAUCAUCUUCGUAAAUUUUCCUAA